AUCCUUAUAUCUUAAGUUGACUAAAGACUUCCACUUAUAGAAAAAUCUCUGCAUACUUUCAUCAGUUCAUGUUCACAAAAAUGGCUGCCACCAUCGCUUCAGUCGUUUCAGCCUACGAUCGGCCAACGGAACUCAAAGCUUUCGACGAAACAAAAUCCGGUGUCCAAGGCCUCGUCGAUGCCGGAAUCCGCCAUGUCCCCCGUAUCUUCAUCAACCCACCGGAAACCUCCCCCAGAACCUCCACAACUCUCGAGAUUCCAGUCGUCGACCUUGGAUCAACCGAUAAAGCAUCGACUGUGGAAAAGAUCCGUGCGGCUUCUGAGAAAUUAGGUUUCUUCCAAGUCGUGAAUCACGGUAUCCCUGUGAGUGUUAUGAACGAUGUGCUUCAAGGAGUUCGUAGAUUUCACGAACAAGAUGUGGAGGUGAAGAAACAGUUUUACACGAGGGAUAAUACGAGAACAGUUGUGUAUAAUAGUAAUUUCGAUCUUUACAGUUCCCCCUCCGCGAACUGGAGAGACACCUUCUUUUCGUUUAUGGCGCCGUCACCUCCACCGCCUGAGGAACUACCGGAAGUUUGCAGAGACAUACAAAUCGAGUACUCAAAUCAAGUGAUGAAACUUGGCGGGUUGCUUUUCCGAUUGAUCUCAGAGGCUUUGGGUCUGAACGAAGAUCACCUCGGAGAUUUGGAUUGUGACAAGGGGCUUGUAUUCAUCGGCCAUUGUUAUCCUGCUUGUCCACAACCAGAUCUAACUAUCGGUGCAACCAGACACACAGAUGAUGGGUUUCUAACUGUGGUUCUACAAGAUGAAAUCGGAGGACUCCAAAUGCUCCAUCAAAAUCAAUGGGUUGAUGUUCCUCCAACACCUGGUGCGCUUGUGAUCAACAUCGGAGAUCUAUUACAGUUGAUAUCGAAUGAUAAGUUGAGGAGUGUGGAGCAUAGGGUGAUGUCAAAUGAGAAAGGGCCGAGGGUGUCUGUGGCGUGUUUCUUCAGCACCUCCUUAGCGCCGUCGACGAAGGUGUAUGGUCCGAUCAAGGAGCUGAUUUCCGAUGACAACCCACCGAGGUACAGGGAAACCACCGUUUAUGAUUUUGUUCAAUAUUCCUUCUCAAAAGGCCUUGAUGGUGUUCCUCAUUUGCUUCAUUUGAAGCUUUAAAGUAUAUUACAAAUUACAUGUACCACAUACUCAUUGUUAUACGUAUACAGAAAAAAAACAUACAUAUGAAUUAUAAAAUGUUUUUUUUUAAUGUAAUCUAAGAAAUAACAAUAUAUAUUUUUAUUCUAUAGAAAGUAGAAAUAAA